UCUCACAGCCGCCAUUUUAUCGCUCGCUUUGUGUCGUCUCCUCGCUUCCCCCCCUCCGCCUCUUCCCUCUCUCUUUUUGUUUUGUUCUUCUUCCUUUGGGCCGCGCGCUCCGCUAUGGAGGACAACACCGACUACGGCAGUAGCAAUAACAACAACGCCGGCUCCGGCGGCGGCCAGGAAGACUUCGCCGAGGGCUCCAAGAUCAACGCUAGCAAGAACCAGCAGGACGACGGGAAAAUGUUUAUUGGAGGUCUGAGCUGGGAUACAAGCAAGAAGGACUUGACAGAAUACUUGUCUCGCUUUGGAGAAGUGGUGGACUGUACAAUUAAAACAGAUCCUGUCACAGGGAGGUCAAGAGGCUUUGGGUUUGUGCUUUUCAAAGAUGCUGCCAGUGUUGAGAAGGUAUUGGAACUGAAAGAACAUAAGCUAGAUGGCAAGUUAAUAGAUCCCAAAAGAGCAAAAGCCCUGAAGGGGAAAGAGCCACCUAAAAAAGUGUUCGUUGGUGGACUGAGUCCUGAUACAUCUGAGGAGCAAAUUAAAGAAUAUUUUGGUGGCUUUGGAGAGAUUGAAAAUAUUGAGCUUCCCAUGGACACAAAGACAAAUGAAAGAAGGGGUUUUUGUUUCAUCACGUACACAGAUGAAGAGCCAGUAAAGAAAUUGUUGGAAAGCAGAUACCAUCAAAUUGGUUCUGGCAAGUGUGAGAUCAAAGUAGCACAGCCCAAAGACGUGUAUAGACAGCAGCAGCAGCAACAGAAGGGAGGCAGAGGUACUUCAUCUGGUGGGCGUGGUGGUUCCAGAGGACGUGGCAGGGGUCAAGGCCAGAACUGGAACCAAGGCUAUAAUAACUAUUAUGAUCAAGGAUAUGGAAGCUACAACAGCCCUUACAGCGAUCAGAGCUAUAGCAGCUAUGGCGGAUAUGAUUAUUCUGGGUAUAAUUAUCCAAGUUACGGCUAUGGACAGGGAUAUGCUGACUACAGUGGACAGCAAAGCACAUACGGAAAGGCAUCCCGAGGUGGCGGUAAUCACCAAAACAACUACCAGCCAUACUAAAGGAGCACUUGAGAAGAAACAGGUGUGUAGUGAGUGAAAGCGUCACUUUCUGUACCUCUAAUCUAAUUUAAAGAUCAAUAGACAAACAAGUAAAAACCGCUUUCUUGGAUAGCUGACUCUCUUUUUAACAAAAAUUAAAACGUGUGUUUAAAAGAUGUCUUUUAAAACUUCUUUGCCUUAAGUGUCUAUAGAUCUUUAACUCUGUAAAAGGUGGUUCGUCGUCCUUAGUACUUCAGAGAAACAUAAGAGUUUUUCUGCUUACAAUGUGUACCAGGUGGUGUAGAGGAAUAAUUAAACUUUGUAGAAGUGUUAACCAACAGGUAAAGUACUGAAAUGGGUACAACUUAAGCAAAACAAGAUUGUUGUCUUCUAACUCUGACAUUAUACCUUGUUUGUACCCGCCAGCGGGAACUUCAUUGCAGGCCGUGUGUCACCCUGACCACGUCUAUCUCUGGGGGUCGCACGUUGCAGGCAGAGCGCAAGGCAUACACCAGAAAACGCUGUCCUGUGGUAUGGUCUCUUCCAACUUCAUGUACCAGCGUAAAGAUUAAAGUGGAAAACUUCAGACUUUGGCUUCUUUUUUAAAAAAAAAAUCUUCUUUGAAGAUUUAAGUGUCUUAACUUAAAAUGGUUUUUUACAGGAGUUAAAGUGCAUAAAUGCCUUUACAGCUUAAUCAAUUUUGGUCUUCUGUUUAGUGUUGUAUAUCAAUUGUGGAACCUCAUUUUAAGUGUUCGUUCUUUAAGAUUUAAUGCUUGCUUUUUUCUUUUUAUAGCUUAGUGAAAUCUACAAACCAAAACGAACUUUUAAAUCUGGGAACAUUAAAGAUCAUAUGCAAGCAACAAGCUGUAUUUGAAUCACCUGGUUAACAAUUUUCCUUGGUGUAUUGCCACUUUUUCUUUCCCACUAGCAGUUGAAGCCAUGAAAGGCUCUUCUUCAGCUUGGUUUUUAGUUAAACCAAGAAUUUCUCUUUUGAGUCUCAACGGUUCUGUGACAUGCUCCAUCAUUGAGCUGAAUUGGUACAUCGGGGCAUGUAAAGCCUAAUUGGGUCAUCCGAAAUAUUUCAUGUCAACAGAUUAUGCAUAUGAUCUUUAACAGUGAAGCAAGGAAUAAAUAAAGGACUUAAAGCAGUUCAUGAAAAUGGACCUUUUAAAACGCUUGUAAAUGUUUCACACGUCUCAUAAUGAUUUUGUCUUGGUUUCGUAGGUGGAAAUUCUACAACAAAGCCAUCUUGCAGAACAUCAGGACUUGACUUGGAGGGUGGUCUUCGUGACACGAGAUUAUUUUGUAAAAGACUUUUAGUGUAUGGCACAACAGUGUCCAACUGUACAUAGUGGCUGACUAGUUUCCUUUAGCGUUUUUACUUUGUCCUUUGUCAUCCGUGUUAUGAUGCAAAUGUGGUUUUGUGUUUAUACAAUUUUUAUUUGUAUAAAUUUCAUGUUGACCGAUUCCCAAAUAAAAUGCUUCUGUGAUUGCUGCCUUCUGAAUUCAGACAAUGUUGCAGCAUAGUUACAGCGGUAAGAAUUGGCCUGUUUUGCCAGAACAAGGUGCACCAAGUCACAUUCGAUGCCUACAGCUUGCAAAGCACGUGGCGAUGUUCUGUAUGUACAGCAUUGGCUAGUUUUCAAACAGCCGUGUGUCUCGCACUGCAGCAUGAUCAGUAAGUGCCAUGACUUGUAAUGGCAACAUCACAAUGUGGUAAAGGAAUCACAUUUGUUCAGGACAGAAGCAAGCAAACGUCCUUUGGUACGUGUGUGGGUCCCUUGAGUGGUUGUGAAAGGGAUUGCUGUAAUGGGGGCUGUGACUGGGCAUUUUUAAUAAACUGGAUAAAAAUUGGGUCUUGUGUAAUAAACUUAUCAGUUGAACAAUGUCUUGGGGCUCUUUAUACUAAUAUGCAUUGUGGCUCAAGCAUCUUUAAGAUGCCACUGAGCGCUUCAUAAUUUUGAUUAAAAAAAUGAAUUUCUCUCGA